AUGGCGUCCGCUGAUCUUCAUGCUGGCUUGGUGGAUGCUCCCGAGCCUCAUGGGAUCGGGAGCUGCGCGGAGCUUUGUGAGCCUAUGGCAGAGGUCACCAAGGACGGCACCAUCUACAGGGUUUGGGGUAAGCUCUUAUCGCACCAGCGCGCACUGGAGCGAUCCGCGAACGCGUACCAGCACCUGUACAUGCUGGUUGAGAGAGCAUUGGCUGUUGGCACGCAGAAGACGGAGCAUUUCGUGAUCCAUUCGGACCUUGGCACGCCGGCCACAACCGCCAACACGGCGGCAUCGACCGCGAUCUCCUUGGCUACGACACCAGCCCCAAAGACCGAUGACGGCACCGGCGACUUUGACCAGAAGGACCUCUACAGGCGUCUGCGCGCCCUGUCACUGGCGCUUUCUGGGGAGAGCGAGGCCUAA